CCGCUUGUGAGGCAGGUGGCAGAACCACUGAGCUAAAUCCCUGGCCCUUCUGUUCCCCAUUCUAAUGAAGAGAUCCUCAGCAAUCUGAACACCACUGACCUCCAUCAUCUUUGAAGACAGGAACUAGAACUUGGGCUCAUGCUUGAGUCCCUGCUGAGGACGAAAUGACGUCUGGCUGCUGUUGGUCCAUUAUAGAAUCUUGUCAAUACUGUCCCUCCUCCAGACUUAUGAGAACAAAACCCGGUUGACUGUCCCACUGUCCUUCAGUGGCAUCUUAGGCCAGGCAAAGUUUAAUACAUUUUCUUCAACUCGGAAUUUACAGAGGUUGACAUUGCUCCAAGGACUUGACCCCCCAACACACACACACAAGCACCAUCUUUUUAUCUUUGAGAUCAAUUUAUCUCCAUAGUCAAAUACUAGUACAUUUAGGUGGACCCUGUCCCCAUGCAGGUUUCAAUCAUCCCCUUGCUAGAAAUAGGAAAGGAUGGGAGAAGUUGAAAACUGUCCCACAGGACCUUCUGGGGAAAAGGACCACAUCACAGAAUCGGGGAACUUUAGAGCUUGAGUUUAAUGGUAUAUAUCCCCAUAGCUUCUUUAUGGAAAGCAAUUUUUUACCAGUUGAGGGCCAGAAAUAUUACAAGCUGAUGCUUCAUGGUACUCGAAUAAUCAAACCUCUGAGCCUGGACCACCAUCAGCCCUGCAAUCUACCUCCCCAUUGGCUAAAUGUCCUUGUAGCAGUUAGGGUGAGCCCAGGGGACCGUGGGUCAGAUAACUAUGGCAACUGGCUGGCCCAACUUCCUCUUGCUCUCUGUCCUCCUCUAGCUGGAGGCCUGAGGAGCAUUGUCCAAGACUCCCUGGAGUGGCUGGAAGAGUUCUGCUCCGAGACGCUCUGCUGCCUGGCUCCACCACCACUGACCGUGAGGCAGUCCAGGGCAGUGAGUGCAGUGGGAAGAGCUACGAUGGCAGUGAACAAGGGCCCGAUGCUGCUGGAUGGAGACCUUCCUGAGCAGGAGAACGUGCUGCAGCGAGUCCUGCAGCUGCCGGUGGUGAGCGGCACGUGUGAGUGCUUCCAGAAGACCUACACCAGCACCAAGGAAGCCCACCCCCUGGUGGCCUCUGUGUGCAAUGCCUAUGAGAAGGGCGUUCAGGGUGCCAGCAGCCUGGCCGCCUGGGGCAUGGAGCCAGUGGUCCGCAGGCUGUCCACCCAGUUCACAGCUGCCAAUGAGCUGGCCUGCCGGGGUCUGGACCACCUGGAGGAAAAGAUCCCAGCCCUCCAAUACCCUCCUGAAAAGAUCGCCUCAGAGCUAAAGGACACCAUUUCCAGCCGCCUUCGCAGUGCCCGGAACAGCAUCAGUGUGCCCAUUGCAAGCACAUCAGACAAGGUCCUGGGGGCCACACUGGCCAGCUGCGAGCUGGCCUGGGGGGUGGCCAAGGAGUCUGCAGAGUAUGCUGCCAACACCCGAGCUGGCCGGCUGGCUUCUGGAGGGGCUGAUCUGGCCCUGAGCGGCAUUGAGAAGGUGGUGGAGCUCCUCCUCCCUCCAGGCAAGGAGGAGUCAGCCCCUGUUCCUGGACGCCAGCAGACUCAGAAACCUCCCAAGGCCAAGCCGAGCCUCACGCGUAGGGUUGGGACCCUGGCCAACACCCUCUCCCAACACGCCAUGCAGACCACAUCCUGGGCGCUGAAGCAGGGCCACUCCCUGGCCAUGUGGAUCCCGGGGGUGGCACCCCUAAGCAGCCUGGCCCAGUGGGGUGCAUCAGCCACCAUGCAGGUAGUGUCCCGGCGGCGACAGAGCGAGGUGCGAGUGUCCUGGCUGCACAACCUCGCUGCUAUACAGGGUGAGGAACAUGAUGACCAGACAGACACAGAGGCUGAGGAGUCGGAGGAGGAGGAAUCCGAGACCGAGGAGAAUAUGCUCAGUGAGGUGGCGGACCUGCCAGGCCCGAAAGGCCUCCUGGGCACUGUGGCGUAUGCCCUACAGAAGACGCUCCAGGGUACCAUCUCAGCUGUGACAUGGGCACCCAAGGCUGUGCUGGGCACGGCAGGGAGGAUGCUGCACCUCACAGCAGCCCCGGGUGUCACCCCAAUCAAGGGGCGAGCCAUGUCCCUGUCGGAUGCUCUGAAGGGUGUCACUGACAACGUGGUGGACACAGUGGUGCACUACGUGCCGCUCCCCAGGCUGUCGUUGAUGGAGCCCGAGAGCGAAUUCCGGGACAUCGAGCACCCGCCGGCCGAGGCUGAACGCCGGGAGGCGGAGCGCAAGGGUUCGGGGCCGAAGCCCGCCAGCCCGGAGUCGGCACCACACCCUGUGCAGCACCGCGGAAGCAUGCGUGGAGCACGCAGCCUCGACCAAGGAGACCCCGGGGAGAUGCCCCCCGCGCCGCGCUCGGGCUUCCUGGCCACGCCCCGCGAGAAGCCCGCGCGCAGGGUCAGCGACAGCUUCUUCCGGCCCAGUGUCAUGGAGCCCAUCCUAGGCCGCGCGCAGUACAGCCAGCUGCGCAAGAAGAGCUGAGCUGCGUGCCACCCCGCGCCAGGGCCGGGCUCCCUAAGCCAGAACUCACACUUCCAAGCCGAUUCCUCUAGAGGGUCCCUCAGGAGCCCAAGCCUCAUGGCCACCCUGCUGCCCAUGCACACGUCAUUUCUGAAGCAUCUCUUUGGGGACCUGGCUUGCUCAGCAGUUUCAUCUGAGGUUAUGGCUUUUUAAAUUUAAACUUUUUAAUUUUUUUUUAACCGUAAGAGUAGUUGCUUAACUUGAUCUCUCACUUUUUUAACCAAAUUGUGGCCAGAUGACAGUUUUAGCCUUGAGCUGAGAGAUCUCUGGUGACCUAGGCUCUCAUCAUACCGAUUGAAGGGAACACCAGCUGCAAAAGAUCUUGUGCUUUUUGCAAAAUGUUAGUGUCACUCUUGGGGUAUCCGCUGUGCUGCGCAGGCUGAGCCUCAGGCCUUUACUAUGUGGUGCCACCUUCUGGUUGGCAGCCACAUUUCCACUUACACGGUCCCUGCCUCCUGCAUGGUCACUCUUCUGAAAGCUGGCGCCCCCAGAUUCUGGGAGGCAACAAUGGUAACCUCUCUCCCAAUAGUCUAUAUUCUCUAGAUCAUAUAUACAGACUCCAUAGCUGCUGUUCAUUCCAAGUCCUCUUUUUGGAAAUGUUAAUACUUGGUAAAUCUAGGAGAUGCAUAAAUAUAAUUUAAAAAUUCAUACAUUGCAGAAGAGUGUUUUCCUCCCUAAAUUCCCCAGUUCAUCUUUGUAAGAACAACAGUGUUAUGGUCAGUCUCUUGUGUAUACUUCUGGUUACAGGCUGUGUGCAUGCAAGUGCUUGCGCAUAUACUCAUGUUUGUGUACAAAGGCUGUGGGAUGGUGCGCUCACCUGCCUUUCUCACUUAACAAUACACCCUAGAGCCAGGCAGAGUGGUACAGGCCUGUAACCUCAACACCGGGAAGCUAAGGCAGGAGGAUCACAAGUUCAGGUCGGCCUGGGCAAUCUAGUGAGUCCCUGUCUCAAAAAAGUAAAAAAGGCCGAGGAUGUAGCUCAGUGUGAAGGCCCUGGGUUCGUUUUCCAUGUGCGCGCACACACGCACACACACAAACAGGCACACACACAGUCUUAGAGAUCUCUUUGUACCAGCAUCACAAACCCCACUUGCUCUUUUUAAUGGUAAGUUCAUAACACAGUUGUACCAUAUUUGAUUUAACCAGCCCCCUGAUGGUGGAUUUUUAGGUUGUUCCCAAUCAUUUUGCUACAGUGCUAUAAUAAAUGUCUUUAUCAAAAAUGUCUCAUGAAGGGCUGGGGGGUGUAGCUCAAUGAUAGUGAGUGUGCUUAGCAUGUGCAAAACCCAAGUUCCACCCUCAGCACCACAAAGUAAAAAGUCUCAUGUACAUGAGUGGCUAUAUCAAUGGUAGACUGUAAUUUGUAACCAUGGCAUCAUGACAUGCUGGGUGAGAAUGUGUGCUUCUUAAAUAUUGGGUGAGAAUACCAAGUAGCCUUGCAAACCAAACCCUGUUUUUCUAGUUGUUUUCAUCUGCACAGAUAGUUACAACACAUCUGUCAUCCCUUUUACACAUCCACAUGUACACCUGUCCCUUCUAGAUUCCCCCUUACACCCACCAGUUCCCUCGUGGCUGCUCCUCUGUUGCAUACCUGAGAUCCCAGCUCCCUGAAACGGACUCUGGGGCCUUGGCAGAUCUUUGGAGUAAUGAGUUACAGGCCUUAAUGCAUGGUUUUAGAGUCUGAGGAUGCCAAGAAUGGGGACGUGGGUGGCUGCUGAAUGUAUAUAUGAGGACAUGCACACCCCCACCAUACUCACCAUGCCCAGCAGCCCUCUGAGGUCUAGCAAGGAGAGUUCCCCAGAAGCUGUUAUGACAGGGCUGCAAAGACAGAAAGAAGCAAUCACAUACUCUGUAUUCAGCCAUCUCUGAAAAAGCCACCUAUGACUGUGUGAGGCUUUGGGGGGACAUCCAGACCCAAACCAUAACAUGUGGUCUCACCUAGAUACAAAGAGGUUUGGGAAAUACAGUUUUCAUUUGAAAUGGUUAUCCAUCCAGUUAAAAAUCAGAGGUCCUAAAGGGAGGGGAAGUAGACCCCAGGGGAAGGGGCAACUUGCAACUUCUGCCACACUAAUCUGUCAGUGUACAUUUGAGUCAUUUCCAUAUGUUUAUGAUCACUUGUGCCGAGCGUGGUGGUGCACAGCUGAAAUCUUAGCACUUGGGAGGCUGAGGCAAGUUCAAGCUCAACCUGGGUAACUUAGUGACUUUGUGAGAAAAGUUCUUUGUAUUUUCCUUAUAUUUGAUAAAGGAUAAUAAUUUUUAUGUGCUAUUCAUGUCACAUAUAUCUUUUCCCAGCUUGUAGUUUAUCUUUUCCUUCACAAUUUUUUUCAAUAAACAGAAGUUCUUAGCUUUAA